AUGGCUGUCAGUAGUUCAACAAAAUAUCCACUGGGCUCUCCUCAAGAGCACAUUUUAAUGUGUGAAUCCCAUGAAUUACCUAUUGAUGUUAUUUGUGAGGACUGUGAUGAAUUUAUUUGUGGUGAUUGUGCGAAAUCAAAUCAUAGAGAUCAUAACUGGAAAACUUUGACCACUGCAGCCAAGAAAAGGAGGAGAGGUCUACUUAAAUUCCUGGAGAAGAUAGAGGAAGAGGAUCUGCCUGGGAUUGAAGAGAACAUAGCGAAGGCUUCAAAAAAGAUUAUAGAAAAUAAAGAAGAAUGUGACUCUGGGAUUAAAAAGCUACAAAAGCAUUUUGAUGUGAUAAUGGCCAAGCUGUUAGAAAUCAAAAAACGCCAUGAAGAAACACUGAGAGACAAUUUGGUAAAAAGAAUGAUCAACUGA